GCAUUGCCAAUCAGCGUAACUUGUACUUCCUGUUAGCCGGUUGAAGAUAGCGGACAAGCGGUCGAAAAAAAUACUGAUGCAUUUAUGUAAAAAGUGUAGCAUAAUUAUUUAGGAACGUGUUACCCUGGAGUAUAUAAGGUCCAUAUUUAGGAGUCGAAAAUGAUCCGUUUCAUCCUGAUCCAGAACCGAGCUGGAAAGACGCGACUGGCCAAAUGGUAUAUGCAGUUUGAUGAUGAUGAGAAGCAGAAGUUGAUAGAGGAAGUACAUGCUGUGGUAACUGUCAGGGAUGCCAAGCACACCAACUUUGUGGAGUUCAGGAACUUCAAGAUCAUCUACCGUCGUUACGCUGGUCUCUACUUCUGCAUUUGUGUGGAUGUGACUGACAACAACCUGGCAUACCUCGAGGGGAUCCACAACUUUGUAGAGGUGCUGAAUGAGUAUUUCCACAACGUGUGUGAAUUGGACCUUGUGUUCAACUUCUACAAGGUGUACACGGUGGUGGAUGAGAUGUUCCUAGCGGGAGAAAUCAGGGAGACCAGUCAGACCAAGGUCCUCAAGCAGCUGCUCAUGCUCCAGUCGCUUGAGUAGGAAACAGACAACCAUGCUUCUUACCUGCCCAUUAAUCUGCUGCCCUGGCAUCUAAACUAACCCAACCCUUUAUUCUUGUCACUCUGGAAAGGAUUCCCCCCUUAUCAUUUCCUGCCUCCACAGAGCAGACGCCACCCCUUACAGAACUUCAGGAGGGGAACGUUUAGGAAUAGAAAUGCAUAGUAUUGUUUACAAAUGGAUAUAUGUAAUAUGGAAGUUAAAGUAACCAGUUUGUCAUAGCAGUCAAUGUGUUGCAAUAUUCUGUAUCUGUACGGCUAAUGAAUUCGCCUUGUAUAAAGGCAGUACAUUUCAACAUGUUGCAGAUAUGACCAAGUCACAUUUCAUAUACCGCUCUGAGUUCAAAUUAACUUCAUAUCCUCUGUUUACUUUUCCCAAAGCUAGGGACUACAGGAAUUAGUCAUUUCAUACAAUAACCUUCAUUUAUUCAUCUGCAGUGUAGAAACACUGAUAAAGAUCCACCAGUGUGGCGCUGCCCUCCCCUGCCCUCCUCCUCACCCUUCAUUAACCUCAACAUUCAUUUAAUGGCACUACUGUAACAAACAAGCACCAUAUAUGAGGAGAAACCGCCUAUAAUGAUCCACGUGCAUCCAACACGUCAACUUACAGCAAUCUUGCCUGUAUAAAAACAUGUAAAGAUGAGAUCUUGCCAGUGAUGUCGUAUUAGACUUGUCAUGGCAACUUUGCAUUUUAUAUCUGAAUCACAGUGCAAGCAAACUACAGCUAGACAGCCCUUUAGAGCAAUUGACCCACCACGUCAAGUUCAUAAUUAAAUGGAGGGUACUUAGGAUGAGUGCCAUUUUGAUGGUGUGUUAUGGGAACCUGUGCGGUGUCAGACAUCCUCAUGGCUGACGAUGAUAAUAAACAGUGUAGGUUAUGUUAUCUCAGAUGGCUGCACUCUGGGUGUUGUAAUCAUUACGAUGGCAUCUCAAGUAAUGCGGAUCAUUUGAUGCAACUCUACAUUAAAUGGUGCUUGUUGGUCACAUUUAUAACACUUAAUACACGCUCAGAUGGAAAACAACCUGGAAAUACAAAUUAUAUUUUACAUAAAGCAGUACUGUGAAGUUUACUUCAUAUGGUCUGUACAUACAGUGUCUCUUGCAUAUGUUGAAUAUUGUGAAAUGAUCACAUUCAUUCCAGAGUGAUUCCUGCUCACUAUAUGUAUGAUCUGAACAGUAUUUACUUGUUUGAGAUCCAUGAAAUUCCUUUGGCAUAACAUCAAAUGAACAGGCUUUUAAAUUUCUCAAAGCCUUAUGACAAAGACAAACUACUUUUAUGUUGUUGAGACUGCCUGUCAUACUCUAGUUUUAAUCAUAUCGAGUCACAAGGGUAUCAAAGGUGGUUUCAAAUGUUACUGUUGUUGAAUUUUGAAUUUUUUUAAUGAUUAGGCAAUAGUGAAAUAUGUACUGCUUCCCUUCUUGUCCACCUGUGUGAAUUUGUUGAUGGAAGAUGUGUGUUUGUAUGUAUUACUCAACCACCCCCUUCAAUAUGUCCCAUUAUAUGUAAAUAAAAUAAAAGAUGAAGAGAUACAUGAA